GGAGAGCCUCAAGCUUGAUUAGCUGGCCGUCUUCGUCGAUAGAGCAGCUGAAUGGCAGUCGUAGACGUGGCGUUGAGUUGUCAGGCGUCAAUUCACGAUGGACGUCGGCCGGGCAAGGCUUAGACUGAGCUGUUCGGACGAUGCCAGCAACUGCCGCAUACAGUCGAGUUGGGGCCUUGAGAAUCCGCCCAGUUGCUCGACCAGCUGAUAUACCAUGGGGAAUAUGGUAGCACUGCAGCCGAAGUCAGGCUUUGGGCAAGAUUCAUUUGAUUUUCGACCGUUCCCUUUUUCCUUACCCAUGCCAAGCGGACCUUGUCACUUUCUUUUCCACUUCCGCCGACUUUGAGACGCUAAUAGGAGCAGUGACCGAGUGCGAUAAUGGCUGAACUGGCUCUGGCCGUCACCGGCGUGGCCUUAGCAUGGAAGGGUAUAUUGGACUUCGGGCACCUCGUCACGAAGCUGAUAGAUGAUGAUCUCAGGCAGCGAGACGUGUUGGCGAUCAAGCUUGAAUUGUCCCAAUAUAUGCUGAAAGAUUGGGGCCAACAUUGGGGAGUGGAUCGCUCUGAUGGGCGUUUUCACACCUUUGAGACCUCACGGAAGGAGCUGAUUAUGAAGAUAAUCUUCCGGCUUCGGGAUUCUCGGUGCGACGCAAUGAAGAGGCUAAGAGAUAGCUAUGGGAUGCUAGCAGGCGACGAAGAGAACAGCGAGGCGGAAGAUCCUGGAAACGGCCUGGCAAGACUUGCGGAUCGGGUCAGAGGUGCGGCAAGGAGAGGAAAACACAAAGCUAGAUGGCUCAUCCACGACCGCGAACUGAUGACUGAACUUGUGGACGAAACGAUGGACUUACACAAGUGCCUCAACAGUCUGACGUUCUUGUCUAUCAACUUUCUCACCAGCAACCUAGCCACUCUUCGCACCGCUCAACCGCUGGAGUCAGGUCUGGCGCGUUUAGAGAGCAGAGUGAAGAGAGAGAACGCCAGCAGUCAUCAAGAUGCAACGCAACUACGGAAAGCACGUACACCAGAGCUUGGGCGUGGGGUAGAUGAGCAAACGCUGGCGGGUUAUGCCUCCAAUUUGAUCGGAUCGAGCAGGCAGGCAGACAGCGUUCGAAGGCACAUUGAUCGCGGGUUCCACUAUCAUGGCGAUGCCCGUGUUCCGGAGACGAUAGCUACGUGGUGGGGCGACGCCUCCUCGGGGAUUCUGAUGAUAGAGGUUUCCGACGAUGCAGACGACGCCACGUCUACAUACGCAUGUGUCUUGCUCUACUACCUCGUUGCUUGCCGCAAGUUGAUCUACGUAUUCGAACCGGAGCCGACGAAGGGUCCGGCGGAGCAACUGCUUGAGAUGCUUCGCGCUCUGAUACAGGGCUUGGUGUCAUUACGAGGCAAUCAGCCGCUUGGCAAGAUUUCCUUUCCGGCCAGCAUCACGGAGAUCGAGAGUGGGCGAGUUGAAGCAGAGACAAUACAGCGUCUCAUCACGCUCGUUCACGACCUUGUUCGAGACAUGCUCACGAGCUGCGACCAACCAAUUCUGCUUGUUAUUGAUGGAUUGGAGCUUGUCACCCCCAGCGAUGACGAGAGCUCUAAUCGACUGGUUCGGUCUUUCGUCUCGGGGCUGCGAACGAUCUGCGACGCGAAUGGUGAUGAGCGUCAACACAUUCUCAAGAUUCUCCUUGGCCACAAGGGCCAUGCAACGACGCUGUAUGAUUGUGUUGGAGACAGGGACGUUGCCGAUCUUACGGGCCGCGCAGCUCGAACGACGAGCAUGAGGCACGAGCUAGCGGUGUCGCUCCGAGAGUGAGGUUUUAAUGGUCUAGGGACAUGUUUGCUAUGUACCUAGGUAACACUCUGUAGAACAUAUCACGUAUGCAAAUUGAACGCAGUAGUAAUGAC